ACCAUAUGUAUAUGCCUUCUCUCCAGUGCAUUCGCAUGAGGUUUCUCUGACCCAAUUUGAGCUGGCAAAGGCGUACGUCGCAAUCUGGAGAAUGGCCGGAUGUCCCGAUGGUAGGAUCAGCUAGCUCCUCCAAGCGGGCGCUCAUGAAGCCAGGUGCAAUGGACCUGCGUCAAGCUUCCAGGAGACGGGGGAUUGGGAUCGUCUGCUUUCUGUUUCUAGUGACCUUUGCAAUUGCUUUUCUCCGGCCAAAGAGAAUCGCCACUGUCGCCUCAUCCAAGGGAGCUCAGGACUCCCAGGGUCGCACCAUACAAGUGCCCCAGAACUUGAAGGACCAAAAGGCAGGCCCCGACUCCCACUUUGAACGGCUGCAUGGAGCAGACGUUGUGUGGCAGGUGCCAGUGAAUCCUCGGGCGGUCCUUUUCCUGGCGUGUGGGUGUUCGCAUACCGCACUGGACUUCUGGGAACCUUCGGAAGGUUGCCCCACGUGUCGCGGUUUUCCAGAGGAUUACACCCUCAAACAGGCAGCGAUUGAGCGGGGCUAUGCCGUAGUGGGGGUGUCAAGCCAGGAGACUUGCUGGGACUCGAACUUCCCCCCCCAAGAUUCACUCGACGCGCCCCUCGUCAAGAAAGCCAUCGACGACGUCAUCAAGCGGGAGGCGUUGCAAGAGCUGCCGCGGUUUGCGCUAGGGGCUUCCUCAGGGGGUUACUUUAUCACGACGCUCGCCCACAUAGUGGAGUUCGACGCGCUGGCGGUAUACAUCGCGGCGGGCGUUCGGGGGGCUCUCCGCGAGCCGCUGGCGAGCGGGAAGCCGUACCCCCCUACGCUGUUCGUGCAUAUGCCCCGGGACGAUCGGACGGCCGGCGCAGUCAAGACCGCCAUCGAGGAGCUUCGGGAAGUGGGGUCGGAAGCAGCAGAGCUGCGCUGCCCCCCGCUCCGAAUGACGCCCGGUUUUUUAGCCGAGCGGAUACGGGGCCUCGAUCGCGCCACCUCCGAAAAGGUUUUCGUCAGCUUCCGGAACGGCGGCUUCUUGGACAAGGACGCCUUCCUGGUGGAAAACCCACGCCGGUCUGCAUGGAGUUCUCUGCUGACGUCAGCGGGUCCCGAGGUGGAGAAAUUCACGGAGCACAUUGCGGAGGAGCUGAAUGUGCUGUACGGAUGGCACGAGCUCACCAGUCUGAAGGCGUCCGAAACGUUCGACUGGUUCGAGAACCAGUGUACGAAGAACGGGCAACUAGUGAAGGGGCGCUGCCGGGAGUUCGAUGCGGACUUGGCCGACGCCCGGCGCUAGCGCGUGAUGCCAAUAGAAAUCUGUUGUCUGCGCCGUAGAUUUGCCAACGCUCAGCUGGCGAUGCUGGUGGAGAAUAAAAUGCUUGGCAAGUUUGACCGACCACUUUGUAAGAUAUUCUCAGCCUAACAACCGGCUGGCAAUAGCCAAUCGGUCAGUUUCACCGGUUUGACAUGGAAUCAAGCUAUCAUCCGGGACAGCUUAACGUCAUUUCGACGACUUUGCAGUGUAUAUUACCCCUAGAUAUGGCCAAAGACGCUAAGUGUAUGUUACGAAUACGUGAUCUACCUGUAGCAAGGGGUCUUCAGAUGUUUGGAGCGCCAAGCUUCCUUCGGCAGCGGGCUGGGGGUAAGUUUUCAAAGUGGGCGAAGGCGAUGUAUGUUUGGUUCAUGCAAUCUUCAGUGUCGGAAGCCCAUGCACUCCUGGUAGUUUAGAACGGUGACGGUGAACCUGAUGUAACUCAAGUACUGAGCUUGAGCUAUGUUAAGUAUUGUUAACCCAUGCUUACUUGUCAUCUGUAUGGGAGCCUGGCUGGUAAUGGUUCGAACUGAGGGGCCUUGCUUUUUUGCCAGAUGUGAG